CUCUAGACUUCCGGUCGCAUUUUAGCUAACCGUGUUUAACUUGACGCGCGGCGAUAAGGCGCUGCCAAGUCGGGUAUCAAAAUAUAAUUUGUGUAACGUAACCUAUGCAGCUAAAAUCCACUGCCAUGGCGCCUUAGAGGAUUGGAGGGAGACACGGUUUCAUGCUCGGUAGGUGACCGGAGUCAGUCUACUUUACGCCGUUGAGCCGCGACACACAAACGGCUGUGCGGACGCUGCUACAAUGAGCUCGGAGCAUCAGAGCGCGAGCGAGGACGCCGACGAGUCGCAGGACAGGCCCAACGGUGGUAGCGUCUCCGACAAAGAGGAAGACCCUGACAUCGACGACUCGGAGGAGGAAGAUGACAUCGCUCGUGGGGUUACACCGUCGAUGCCCGGGAGCAGCGGAGACCGGCCGGAGCGCAGCUCAAGGUCCCCGGCGUCGGAGGACCGGGAGCCCCGCGGCGAACCGACCGCCGCGCCGCAGACAGGGAGCGGCGGGGUCUCCGGCAGCGACACAGACAGCGGCAGCGGCAGCGGCAGCGGCAGGGGGAAUAGUCUGUUUUCCUGGCUGCAGAGCAGGACUAUUAGACGAGGGGUGUUUGUAGACCCAGCUAGGGAUAACUUCAGGACAAUGACCAGUUUGUACUGCUCCAUGAAUCCGGCUGUGGAGUCUGUCAACCUGAGCACACAGACCCACGGUGCGGUGUUCAACCUGGAGUACUCCCCGGACGGGUCUGUGCUGACUGUGGCCUGCGAGCAGACUGAAGUCCUGCUGUUUGAUCCCAUCUCAUCCAGACACAUCAAAACCCUGACGGAGGCCCACGAGGACUGCGUCAACAACAUAAGGUUUCUGGACAAUCGUUUGUUUGCCACCUGCUCUGACGACACCACAAUUGCAUUAUGGGAUCUCCGUAAGCUGAACUCGAAGGUUUGCUCCUUGCACGGCCACGCCAGCUGGGUGAAAAACAUCGAGUACGACACCAACACUCGGCUCCUCGUCACGUCUGGCUUCGACGGCAACGUCAUCACAUGGGACACUAACAGGUUUACGGAGGAUGGCUGCCCGCACAAAAAGUUCUUCCACACUCGCUACCUGAUGAGGAUGCGUCUGACGCCCGACUGUUCCAAGAUGCUCAUCUCCACUUCCUCAGGAUACCUGCUCAUCCUGCACGACCUGGACCUCACGCAGUCCCUGGAGGUGGGGAGCUACCGCAUGCUGCGAGCGCGACGGACUCCCCUCAGCUCAGACGGAGGCACAUCAGCGUCCAGGUCAGCUGGAACUCCUCGCCAGGGAAACGACUCCAGUAAGAUCCACCCUCACAGAGAAGGUCUUUCUCCCCGGAACAGUCUGGAGGUUUUGACUCCAGAGAUCCCCGGAGAGAGGGCGGGGAACUGCAUCACCUCCCUGCAGCUCCACCCGAAAGGCUGGGCCACGCUCAUCCGCUGCUCCAGCAACAUGGACGACCAGGAGUGGACGUGCGUGUAUGAGUUCCAGGAGGGAGCGCCCACUCGCCCCCUCGUCUCCCCCCGCUGCUCCCUCCGCCUCACCCACUACAUCGAGGAGGCCAAUGUGGGGCGGGGCUACAUCAAGGAGCUGUGUUUCAGCCCGGACGGACGGCUCAUCUGCUCGCCGUACGGCUACGGCGUCCGCCUGCUGGCCUUCGACGAGAGCUGCGGCGAGCUGGCCGACUGCCUGCCCGUCCAGACCAGCUGCCUCAGGGAGAUCCGCUCCAUCUACUCGCACAGCGACGUGGUGCUCACCACCAAGUUCUCCCCAACACACUGCCAGCUGGCCUCCGGCUGCCUCAGCGGACGCGUGGCCCUUUACCAGCCCAAGUUUUAGCAUCCGGCGCUGUGAAAGAACGACGCGGCGCAGACCUGGGUAGAGAAGUCCUGAUCAGGAUUCCUGCUCACACCUGGAAAGUCUGGAAAGAGAUUGAAGAAGCAGUUAGUGUUUUCCACGUUUGAUAACUUUGAAAGUUGCACAAAAAAAAUCAGUCAAAAUAUUGCACUGCCUCAAUAAAUUGUUUGUACAACUAAAUAUUUUCUAUGAUUUUAGACCCUUGUCAUUUAAUAUAUGCAGAUAUUUGUUGUGCAGAACUAGUAUUUAUCCACAGAGUGAUAUGAACUCUUUAUAAAUUAUAUCAAAACCAUCAGAGGAAAAUCUUUUUUAAAUUCUCAAAAUGUAGGAACCCUUAAUAACAUUUCCCAGCAUUUGUUCUAAAGUGCUCAGUGGACCAGAUGGGUGGGAUUAAUGCAUGCAGAUAUUUCAAAUAGUGUGACACAUGAUCUAAAUGUCAGUAUUCUUGGAGGCUUUUAAGAUGACUUUAAUAUACUUAUUUUAAUAUUUUGUCUGAACCCUCAGCCAGACUGUAGGUAAUGAAAACCCCAUCCAUCUGGCACCUAACGGGGAUAAAGUCAACCUAAAAUAACAACAAUAUUUGAAGCACUUCUAGACCCAGGUCUGCAGCUGUGAAGCAGACUCCAGCUGUGGCCUCCUGACCGUUCAGCCUGUCUGACCCUAAACACAAAAAAGAGACUUUGAGGCAACAAAAGGAAAAAAAAAAAGAAAAGGGGCAGUUUGGUUUUUGCAAACUAGAUUUCCAUCCAGACUGAGGAGAGAGUUCGAAGCUCCGGACCUCGAAGCUCUUGAUCGUGGAAUCAGGAGAUGCAACAGACAAACUCUGCAGGUCGUCUCUCGUUUUCAUACUAAAGAUUCAUUUUGGUCUCUAUAGCAGUAGAAGACUCUGACCUGUUUGGAGAGACUCGGCACAUCCAGAUGUUGCUGUCUUGGGACAGGAAACAAAAAAACAAAACACUAAGGAUGCAAAACAGACACAUGACUCCAUUAGUUCUAAAGAGACGAAGAAGAAACAGGCGUCUGGCCCGUCGUCUGCGCUGUCGCUGAUCGGAUCGUGUCGCUCUCAGCUGCUCCGCUCUGCUCAUGCCUUUUUUCUACAGGUGCUGCUUCUCUGCUCAUACAAUCUGAACUUUGACCCCCCCCCCUCCCGCCCCCUGACUUACAGGACCUCAUCAUCAACGCCUUUCUUCGCUCAUGGACGGUGGCUUCUCCACUUUCACUCCUCUUUCCUCGAUUUUUUUUUUUUUUUUCCCUCCAUCUCCACCCUGUUUUCACCUUCAUGGUCGUUAGAGUUUUUAAAGGUUUUACUGGUUUAUUAACGUCAGCUCUUCUUGUACCAUGUUUGAUUCAUUUGACCCUGAGGUCACUUUUGUUUAGGCGGCUUUAGUCACACUGAAAUUACUUCUCAUUUCUUUCUAUAAUUUGUGUGUUUUAAUCUUGUUCUCAUGAAUGGAAAGUUCAGCUGCUGUCACUGUCUUAGUUUUCCCACCCUGACAUUUCCCAGAUCUACUUUCUUUACAAACAAAAACAACAACAGUCAUAAUCACAUAUCUGUUCCCUAAAAGAUAAGGCUGGCAUUGUUCUACAUUUUUGAUUUAGAGAAAGGACUUCCUGACUUCUGUGGCCCGGCUGUGGCGCUCAGCCUGAGCGCACUGGUUCCCUCUGCAGUUACAAAUCUUUAAAAACACAAAUCUGUAGUUUCAUAUUUUAAAACAAACGGCUCAGUGAUUUCCUGACACAGCUGGGCUCUGUAGUUUUUAGCAACCAGAACUCCAAUAGGAGCAAAUAGUGAAGUUGCUGGGGACUACUUUCAGCAGCGGAUGAAUACACAUUUGGAGCACUAGUGAGUAUUUCAGCAGCAGGAUGGUGUAUGUUGGAUUGAAUUUAAAAAAAGAAAAGCCCAUGUUGACAGUAAUGAAGGGAAAUGUCAGACUCACUGUGUGAUCUGACAGGACAACGCGCGAUAACGUUCGUUAGAAUCAGCUCGUUGUUGGUUUUGGUCUUUUCAUUGAAAUUUGUUCAUAAUGAGAAAAUGUAGAAAAAGAUCUGCCAGCCUCGUCGUCGGUGGCUUGUUGAGUUUUUGAGUUUUUUUUGUUUUAAAUCUUUUCAGGAUUGUUGCCAAGAAACAUUUGUCUGGUUUUUCUGACCUUGUACCUCAUUUUGAAGAGUGCGUUGAUCUCACACAAUCUCCUGACUUUUACCAUGUUGUCAUAAAGGUGACCAAACAGG